AUGCUCGUCUUCCUACUGGCUCUGCUCGUCCUGUGCCUCUGCGUAUACAGACGCUGUUUCCACAGCCUCGCUGCCGUUCCCGGGCCACCGCUGGCUGCUGUCACCGGUCUCUGGUAUGCCUACCAUGUCCGCAACGGGCACAUGCUGCGUCUCGCACAGACACUGCACCAAAAGUACGGACCCGUCGUUCGUGUCGGCCCAAAUGAGCUCUGGUUCGACUCGGCCGAAGCAGUCAGACUGAUCUACAGUACCGCUCUCCUCCCCUAUGCUUCCGGUAGAACAGCAUUGACGCCAGAGCAGAUCCGAGUCCCCCUCCGCCCGACGUCUCCGGACACGCUGGACCUGCUGUCGGAGCGCAACACCAAGCGCUACCGACUGCAGCGCCGCCUGAUCGGUCCCGUCUACCACGAGGCCAACAUGCAAAAGUUUGGCGGCGCCGUCGACGCCGUGCUGCAGCGUGCCGUCGCCGAGCUGCAGCUGCUGGACGGCGCUCGCGUCGACCUCAAGGAGUGGAUGCACAUUAUCGCCGUCGAGUGUCUGGGCGCCGUCGUGCUCUCAUGGUCGCCCGGUUACAUUCAAGACCGGUCCGAUCAUGGCUCCAGCGCGGCCGGCUACUACAAUUGGCGCCGCAAGAGCGUCUUCGGCCUCUUUCCCGUCCUCGUCCUCGUCGACCUGCACUCACGAUGGGUCAGCCGUGGCUUCGCUGCCGUCUGGCGUCUCAACUACGAGCGAAGGGCCGACUACAAGCCCUUGUUUGCGCGCGUGGCCAUGCGGAUUCGCAGGGCCCUGCGGCCCAAGGUCCGACCGGCGAGCGCCAAGCAGUCUCGGAAGCCAUCUCCGGCGCCUCGACGGGCCAACGACCUGAUGGCCGACCUGCUGGACUUGCACGAGGCCAAGCCCGCCUUCAACGAGACGUACCUGCGCCGUCUCGCUGUCACCAACUUUGGCGCCGGUCACGAGACGCUGUGCUCGGCCCUGACGGCCAUCGUGGCCAUGAUUGGCUCGCACCCCGACGUCUUCCGUCGCGUCGCCGCCGAGAUCCGCGAGGCUGCCACUGCUGCUGCUGCCAUCACGUCGGCUCGUCAUGUCCACGACCACCUGCCGCUCACGUGGGCGAGCAUCCGUGAGGCCCAGCGCCUGCAUCCAGCCAUUGCCAUGUCAUUGUCGCGAACGGUCCCCUCCGCGGACACGGGGCCUCCACUGCGUCUGCAUGGUCAUGUUCUGCCGCCAGGCACGACGGUCGGCUGCAGCCCGGCAGCCCUGCAUCGGAAUCCGGCCAUCUUUGGGGCCGACGCAGACGUUUUCCGCCCCGAGCGCUGGCUGCUGCCAGACGACGCCGACGAGGUCCAGCAGGCCCGGCUGCGCGACAUGGAACGCCUCAGCCUCGUUUGGGGCGGCAGCUCGCGCACGUGUCCGGGUCGCCACCUUUCCGAGAUGGUCCUGUACAAGACCGUGGUCGCGCUGUUGGCCGCGUUCGAUAUCGAGGCCUUUAUGCCGUCCGACGACCAGAUCCGCUACUACUUCCUGGCCAUGCUGACGGGCGCCCAGGCAGAAUUCCGGACGCGCGAGCAGAAGAGAUGA